ACGUUCAUAGUCUGUAGAAAUAUUCUCUAAUAUAUAAAAUAUACAUUUUCACAGGGAAACAGUAUAAUCUCACAAAUAAUUUUCGUUCGUUCUGCGCAUGUUGUCCACGAUGGGCUACAACUAAGGUUAAUAUUUUCGCAAGCACUAUCUAAAAAAACAGUGUUUCAAAUAAUUACAUUUCUUCGGGAAAUAUAACAAUUGUAUACUUUGCUGAUGCUUAUAAACUAUCCUACGGACACGAUAAUGUUAUAACAGCAUCGCUAUAGUGGGCUCGAAACUAAACUAUCAGUCAAUAUUUCAGUCUAAAUAAAAUAAAAGGAUCGUAAUAACAUAAUAAUUCUUGUCAUUACUUCUUCCCGCAAUUUGUAUAUUUUGUUCACUCUGCAUAUAACUGAAAAAUAAGGCACGGUGGAACAGCACAAUUAAUUCGUGAUGAAGAUACUUUAGUGAACUACGCGAACGAUUCUAUUUUCUCAUGAAAAAAAACAAUACGUAAUCGAAUUCAAAUACCAAACAUAUCUGAACAUGCGCAGAUUUAAUUUGACUCAUGUACUUUUGACUACCUUCACGUUUCUUGCUGCAAAACUAUAAUAGGAGUUUCAUUAAAAGAUAAAAGUGUGUAGGCAGAGAAAAAAAGAUUAAAUUUGAAAGUUUCUUGAUAAUUAAGUGAACAACUAAUAUUUAAAAAAAUGUCAGACCCAGAACUUGAAGCAAUAAGACAGCAUCGAUUAGCUCAGUUGCAGUCACAGCAUAAGCCCGGCAAUGUGGAAAACAAACAGGCUAUGGAGGAAAAAAUGCAGCAGAUGGAAGAAAUGAGGAAUUCAAUUCUGACUCAAGUAUUAAAUCAGUCAGCCAGAGCGAGAUUAAAUACGUUAUGUCUUGGAAAACCUGAGAAAGGAAAAAUGGUAGAGGAUAUGAUAUUAAAUAUGGCACAGCGAGGUCAGUUACCUGGUAAGCUUGGAGAAAAAGAACUCAUUAAUUUACUUGAAAGUAUAAAUCAACAAACAAAGCAGAAAACUGUUGUUAAGUUUGACAGGAGAAGAGCAGCAUUGGAUUCUGAUGAUGAUGAUUUAUAGCACUUGUAAAUGUUACAUGAUUUUUAAAGCAGUAAUGAUACUUUUCUUAUUUACAUUUUUGAAUAACAAUUCACAAUUAUACGCUUAAUUAGCUGUACAUUUUUAUUUUUUACAAUAUAUUGAAAUAAAAAGAAAAUAAAAAAUUAGGUACAAAAUUAAUGCUAAUAUUGAUUAAAGUUUUAUGUUCAAUUGUACAUAGAACUUUUUAGUUAUUUUCACUUAUUAAUUUGUUUUUCUGAUUUGCAAUCAUUAAAAAAAAAA